AUGGCGGACUUAAGAAAGGAGAUAGCCCGGCUCCAGAAGCGACAGCAAAGGGAAGCUCGGCAUUUGGAGAGAGCUGGCCUAACCCCACGCCAGAAGAAGCUUGUUCUCACUGUGUACAUGUGCAGCGGCUUCUGCGUGGAUGCGGCGCAAGGCUUUGUGGAGGUUCUUCAACGCAAACGGAAAUCUUGCCAGGGGCAGCCGACUCCUGAUGUUGUUGAGUGGUUCAACUCCUUGCCAGAGGAGGAGAUGGUGCGACUCUGCUGGCCGGAGGCGCCCGCUGAUGAGCGCAUCUUGGCCGAAGCUGAAAGGCAUGUAGCAGGACUUCAGACUUCGCGCUGGGUGCAAGACAUGAAUUACAGCCGCGGCGUUGCCGUGCCAACUUACAACGUCGCAGCCGAAUAUCGGCGGCGUGCAGGAGGGCAGCAGCCAGCGCUGCAGAGCUCCAUGCUUGGUCGUGAUGGCCGGCGUGGCCGGCCCGGCCGCUAUCUACGAUUGUGGGCGCAACGAUUUCGCGCCAAGUGGGGCCUUGCUUACCAACGUAUCCCGGCAUGCUCUUUUCUCCCUGCCGAGGAACUUGUGGAGAAGGCUGGGCCGGAACAAACACGCGCAAAGCUGUUUUUCCAUUGGAUAGACUGGCUUGAGCAGCAAGCUGGAGUGUUCCACAAAGAAUUGGCCUUUGUCAACCUGGAUGAGUCUUCUCUUCAGCUAUCCUUUCUGCACGAGAAAGGCACGGUGGUGAAGCGGUCUCAAUGGCGACAAGGAGUGGGGCCAAAGCGGGCGCGCCCGUCUCGAGGCGCUGUAACUUUGAUUUGUUUGAGUUCGGCAGACCCUGCUCUGCAACGGCGGCUGCGCCAAUACUUGGUUGGAAACAAAUCCAUAUUCUUGCAAAAAGAUUUGCGGGCUGUGCGCGACGCGCAGCCAGAGAACAUUCGUGUUUUUCGUGAGACAUCAUCCUGGGCAACUAGCCAGUUGAUCACCGAGGUGUUGUCAGAUCUGGAGACUCUGGCUGCUUCGUUUCCUUCCAAGCAGCUGUGCGUUGUGAUGGACAGCGCCGCGCAGCACCUGAGUGAACGCGUGGUGCGAAGGGCUGCCGAUGCCAAUAUCUGGCUUUGCGUGGUGCCGCCGAAAGCCACAAGCUACAUGCAACCCCUCGAUGUGCAAACCUUCAGUCUUUUGAAACAUCAUCUGAAAGACAAGUUCACGGAGGUGGCUAUGUCUGCCGCAGGCGGUGUUGUCUCGCGACAAGCGUGGCUUCGCGUGCUCUUCGGCCUGUGCGAGUUUAUGAACAGCCGAGAGUGGCGAAGAGGCUUUGAAGCAUGUGGCAUUUGUGGCCGGGGCAACCUUUCCACAGAGCUUUCUAGGCUAGGUCUUGCAAACUACAGGGCAGCCGCCGUAGGCGGAGUUGUGCCCAUGCCAGAACCUCACAUUUUUGCUGGCCACUACUCUAAGAGCCUGGUCCGUCAGUUUUAUUUGCUGUUGCAGCCAACGCUCCCGGUCUUAGACUAA